UCCACGGCGGGGGCACCACAGAGUCGUGGUCCUCCAACGCCUAAACCUGCCAAGCGGGCAGGCACCGGAAGUGAACGCUGGGAACCGGAAGUGGGUGUAAAGCCGCGGGCCGAAAUGAAGCCGGCAGUGGAUGAGAUGUUUCCCGAGGGUGCCGGGCCUUACGUGGACCUGGACGAGGCGGGAGGCAGCACCGGGCUCUUGAUGGACUUGGCAGCCAAUGAAAAGGCAGUUCACGCAGACUUUUUUAAUGAAUUUGAAGAUCUCUUUGAUGACGAUGAUGUCCAGUGAGACCCGGCCAGCUGCACAUACAGCCCUGCGCGGCACGCCGGUCAGCCUGGAGGACAGUGGCGAAUGGCUUUAGAGGCUUGUGGACUUUGCCGAAAGUUAGAACCUGGUCUACCAAAAGAGUGAGGGAAGAGCUGCAGAGCCACCUGGAUGCUCUGUCACCUGUAGGGACUAGCCUUUGUCCUUGUUUCCAUUAAAAUAAAUGUGCAGGUUGGUUUUACUUCUUGCA